AACAGCCAAGCAUGACGAAAACAGUCUUUCUCCUCCUCUUCUGUUGCUUGAUAAAAUCUUCCGUAUCAAAGAACACAAUACAGGAUCGUCUUAAUAGAGGCUCGUUUCUCUCCGUCGAUGAUGAUGCACACCUCAUAACUUCCCGUGACAAAACUUUUACAUGCGGCUUCUAUGGUUUUCAAACCAAUGCUUACUGGUUUGCAAUCUGGUUUACAAAUUCCAAAGAUCGCACUGUGGUUUGGACAGCGAACAGCAACAAACCUGUCAAUGGCCAUGGCUCAAAGUUGACACUUCAUGCAAACGGUGCCAUGGUUUUGACUGAUAUAGAUGGCACCACUGUGUGGGGGACCAACACAACGUCCACAGAUGUAGAUCGAGCAGUGCUUCUGAAUACUGGUAAUCUGGUAUUGAUGAACACGAAAGGUCAGAUUCUUUGGCAAAGCUUUGAUUACCCAACUGAUACUCUUUUACCUUCUCAAACAUUAACGAAGAGCAAAAGCUUGAAAUCUACUUUAAGAAAAGGUAGUUUUCAACCUGGAUAUUAUAGUUUCAGUUAUAAUAGUAUUAACAUUUUAAUACUGCUUUAUGAUGGCCCAGAAAUAUCAAGUGUGUACUGGCCUAGUCCUGAUCCAGGAUUUAAUAUUUGGGAUUACCGAAGAACCUCCUAUAACAGUAGCAGAAUCGCAGUCUUUAAUGAUUUGGGUGUAUUUAAGUCAAGCGAUCUGUUGCGGUUUAAUGCUUCAGAUAUGGGUUUUGGGAUCAGAAGGAGGUUAACCAUGGACUACGAUGGUAAUCUCAGAUUCUAUAGCUUGAAUGAAUCAACAGGAUUAUGGUCGAUCUCAUGGCAAGCUGUUGCACAACCAUGUAAUAUCCAUGGAAUCUGUGGGAGGAACGGGAUUUGUGUUUAUGGAGGAAAACCUGAAUGCUCAUGCCCUCCUCAUUACGAGUGGAGUGAACCUACUGAUUUUAGUCAAGGUUGUAAGCCUACUUUCAACAGAACAUGUGUAAACUCCACAAGGUUUGGAUUUUUGCCAAUGCGGUAUACUGAUUACUUUGGCUUUGAUCUAAAAUUCUCAUCAUCCAUUUCGUUUGAAUCUUGUAGAAACAUGUGCUUGGCAGAUUGUCGUUGUCAAGCAUUUGUUUAUAAGCUACCAGGUAUAGGUGAUUGCUAUGUUAAAAGUGCUCUCUUCAACGGUUAUCGGUAUCCUAAAUUCGCAGGAACCAUUUACUUAAAAAUACCAAUAGGCAUGCAAACGCCAGAAUCUUCCUCAAUCCCUACUGGUUCAAAGGCGUCAUGUUCAGAUGUCCCCGUUACGAUUGGUUUUCCAUCUAUGUAUGAAUCAUCUGGAGGAAAGGUGAAAUGGGUUUAUCUUUACUCGUUUGCUAUAGCUUUUGGUUUAGUUGAAGCUUUGGUUAUCGUAAUGGGCUGGUGGAUAUUCUAUGGAAACAACGAAUUACUAAAGAAUCUAGAAGAAGGGUAUCGUAUGGUAUCUAGUCAAUUUAGAGGGUUUAGUUAUAAAGAGUUGAUGAGGGCAACAGAGAACUUUAAGGUGGAGAUAGGCCGAGGAGGGUCAGGAGUUGUGUAUAAAGGGAUUCUGGAAGACGAAAGGGUGGUGGCUGUGAAAAGAUUGGGAGAUGUGAGUGACGGGGGAGAGUUUUUGACAGAAUUGAGCACCAUAGGUAGAAUCAAUCACAUGAAUCUGGUGAGAAUGUGGGGAUUCUGUUCACAGAGACAACACAAACUUCUAGUUUACGAAUAUGUAGAAAAUGAAUCUCUUGACAAGAGAUUGUUCUCCACGACUUUUCUUCAAUGGAAAGAAAGGUUCGAAGUUGCGAUAGGCAUUGCAAAAGGCUUGGCUUAUCUACACCAUGAGUGCCUAGAAUGGGUGAUUCAUUGUGAUGUAAAGCCAGAAAACAUUCUUUUAGAUGGUGCAUUCCAACCAAAGAUUGCAGAUUUUGGUCUCGCAAAGUUAUCUCAAAGAGGUGGACCAAACUCGAAUUUCACUCAGGUCAGGGGGACAAAAGGGUAUAUGGCUCCGGAAUGGGCUCACAACCUGCCUAUCACAGCAAAAGUUGAUGUGUACAGCUAUGGCGUUGUGAUUUUAGAAUUGACAAAGGGAAUUCGGCUUUCUAAUGUAAGUGUUCAUGGAGGAGAAGAGGAAGAAUCAGAGCUCAUGAGGUUUGCAAGGGGAACAAAAACAAAGAUUCGAGAAGAAAAAGGAUUAUGGAUUGAAGAGAUCGUUGAUCCGAGGUUGGGAGGGUUAUUUAGUAGGAAGCAGGCCGCAACAUUGGUUGAGGUCGGUCUUAGUUGUGUUGAGAAAGACAGACAUAAAAGGCCUACAAUGGAUUCAGUAGUCCAAGUUCUCGUUGAUUGCGAGCCUGAGUAGAUGCGCUAAAAAGAACUGCACUUUAAAUACUGUUUAUGAGAAUGUUGGGUGUUUUAUAUAGGUAAAUUAUUAUGCCUUCCUUGGUUGCACUUUGCUUGUAUUUAGUUUCCAGUUUGUAUUUACCCUUAGCUCUUGGAUUUAUAAAUAGUUUUUUUUUUUUUUUUAGUUUCAUUUAUAUCAAAAUUCGUGGUCUUUUUAUGGGUUUUGUAGCUUUGGCCAUGCCAUGUAUCAUCUCUUUACAUAUGUUGCAUGCAUAUGCUAGCUACGAAUCCAAACUUUUCAUGGCAAGCCUUAGGUGCUCUUUGAUUUUUUUUAAAAACCUCUUCAAACCAUUUUCAGACUACAAAACCUCUGCGUACGCGUGUGCUGCGUAGCGCAACACUUGACUUGCCUCUUCAAACCUCUUCGGUUUUUAUUUUUUCCAAGUGUUUUUUUUUUUAGAAUUUUGGUAUAAUUUAUUUCUUUUUAAUCUUUUAUUUAUUUUUUUAAAACUUUGAUUUUAAAACUUUUAUUUAUGGAUUUGAUACAAUUUCUUUUUAUAGUUUGCACAAAUUUUUUUAACUUGAUUUAAAAGAAAAAAAAACUUCAAGUUUUUUUUUUAUUUUUCUUACCGUUUCAGUUGCAUCUUUUUUAAUGUGUGUAAUUUUUUACAAAUUUUAUAAACAUCGUUGACAAUACUUUCUUAAUUUUUUUUAUUAUUUUCUUUUUUUUUAUGUUUUUUAAAAUUAUUUUUUUUCUAGAAAAAAACUAUUAGAUUCUUUUAUAUUUUUUAAAGUUUUUUUAUUUAAGUUUUAUAUUUUUGUUUUUUUACAUAUUCUUUUUAGUAUUCUUUCAAUGUUUUAAAACUAUAAUAAUUAAAAUUUCAGUGUUGAAAACUAUUUUCAGUUUAUAAAAUUAGUCUAUUUAAAUUUCAGUUUACUGCAGCAGUCCGCAUAUGUUAAAAAACAAACAUGCUUCUUAUUAUAGGCUGCAACUGUUAGUUCCACCUCUUCUGCUACAGAUGAUUGCAGAGGUGGUCCGCAAACUUUACAA